UUCCUCUCGAAAUUGGCAUCCAUCUACAAUGGCUGAAGCUGCUGACCUUCAACAAUUAAUCAGAGAUCAAACCCAUGUCUCAACCACACUCGCUGCCCACCUUCUCUCCAAAAAACACGACUCCAACGUUGUUUUCUCUCCACUUUCGAUCCAUGCCGCCCUCAGUUUACUAGCCCAGGGUACCACAGGUCAAACACACGACCAACUCCUCGCUUUCCUCAAAACAAAUACUACCCACAACCUCAACUCUCUUUAUUCACAGUAUGUGUCCUCUAUCUUUGGGGACAGUAGCUCCAGUGAUGGCCCUCAGUUGUCUUUUGCAAACGGGGUUUGGAUUGAUGAAACCCUUUCUUUCAAACCUUCUUUCAAACAGGUUGUCGACGACGUCUACAAAGCCGUUUGCAAACAAGUCGAUUUCCAAACGAAGGCUGUCGAGGUAGCCAAUGAAGUGAAUUUGUGGGCUGAAAAACAAACCAAUGGCCUUAUCAAAGAACUCCUUCCUGCUGAUGGAGUAAGCAGUUUCACCAGGCUCAUCUUUGCAAAUGCCCUCUACUUCAAGGGAACAUGGUCGUACACGUUUGACCGAGUACUGACAAAAGAAUCCGAUUUUUACCUCCUUGGUGGAAACAAAGUUCAAGUUCCCUUCAUGACCUGCGGUUUAGACAAAUUUGUGUGUGAAUAUGAUGAUUUCAAAGUACUAGGUCUUCACUACUUACGAGGUGAAGAUAAACGUCAGUUCACAAUGUACUUUUUCCUCCCAGAUGCAAAAGACGGCCUUCAAGCUUUAGUACAAAAAAUUGGUUCCACAUCUGAUUUUUUAGAUAGUCACAUACCACGUAAAGAAGUAGAAGUUGACCGGUUUUUGAUACCAAAAUUUAAGAUCGAAUUCGGGUUUAAAUCUUCUGAUAUGUUGAAGGAAUUAGGGCUUGUAUUGCCAUUCACGGGUGAAGAUGGUUUGACUGAGAUUGCUGAUUCGUCUAAUGGUGAAAGGCUUCAUGUUUCGAGCAUUCAUCAUAAAUCUUUCAUAGAUGUGAAUGAAGAAGGUACAGAAGCAGCGGCCAUUGAAUACGAUCCGUUGUGCGGUUGUAUGUUGACUGAAGAGGAGCCCAGAAAGGUGGAUUUUGUGGCAGAUCACCCGUUUUUGUUUGUGAUAAGAGAAGACGUGACAGGAGUUGUGUUGUUUAUGGGACAGGUAAUUGACCCCAGUGUUGGUUGAAACACUUAUUGAAAUCUCUAUUUGCAUGAACACAUUGACUUUUGUUUUUGGUUGGACUCCUUUAUGUUAAGCCAUUUUUUUUGUGUUU